GGAUUCUAAAUUACAUUAUUUCCAAUAUCCUUUACUGCAAAGGCAUUAAUACAAGUUUGACAAUCACGUUGAGAACACUUUGCUACUGUGAAUGGUUCAGUGAAGUUUAAGAAUACUUUUAAUGCGAUCUAACCAUAAAGAAGAGUACUGAUUUAGGAUUUAAUCGACAGAUAGAUAAAGAAAAAAGAAACAAACCGUCACUAUGAAUAAUCUAGUCAUCAGUUCGAUCAUUCUAUGCGCUGCGGUGUGUUGCGAUGCAACCCUAUUUUCAUGGGGCAGUUCAGAGGCCAAAGAAACGAAACCUACUGGUUAUUUGCCUAUUUUACAAGUCCACAAAUAUAAUGGUUUUCAAAUCAAUCCGAUCCAAGGACCGCCGAUUUAUUUACCAAACGAACAAAGCGAGUCGAAUAACGUCGAAGGGCAAACAAUUCAGCUGAACCAGGAACAAAUCCAACAAUUAGAUUUGAUCAACAGGUUGGCUACAUUUCUUCCAGCGGACGCUGAUUUGCAGGAGAUGGACCCUAGUGAUGUAUUACCUUACGUUAAUUUAGUAUCGGAAGAUUCUUUGGAAAAAUUCAAAUACGUAGUCGAAUCUAGUAAAAAGAAAGAGAAAUCAAAAAUUUUGAAAAUCAUCGCUUUUCUCAAGAGUAUAAAAGAGAAAAAACUCAAACCGUUUAAAUACGUCGCCAGCGUAGGUAGCAAUUUAAUCCAUAAAAAGAAAAACUGGAUUUUCGGUUCCGAGACAACCACAACUCCAGAACCCUACGUUGAAACUACUCCCUCGUUCAGCUACCCUUCUCCUCCUCCUUACAACAUCCCUUAUAAUCCGUACUUUACACAAAGUAUUAAACCAAAUUACGCAGAUAUUCAUCCAAGAUUACCACUUCCUCAGUAUCAAUUCCCAUACUACCAGUAUCCAACUUACCCCUACAACCAACAGCAGAAAAAUCCUUCGCAAAAUGCACCCACUUUACCCAGCGCUGAUCAAUUCCCACCCAGUUAUCCUGCAAUUCCAUCGCAAAGUAAACCAAUUGAAACUCCAUCAGCCGAACCUGCGAUCCUGCAUAAAUUACCAGAAAGUAAUCCAACACCGGCAGCGAUUCCUCAAUAUCCAAAAUUCUCUAACAGUUUCCAAUUCCCAGCGAACUUUCCUUACCCCUCAUUACCAGCCCAAAAUCCCCAACCAGCUAAAAGCGAAGUAACCUAUGAAUACAAACAACCUCCUGCUAGUACUUUUGCUGUCCAAGAUACCAAUACUGAUAAUCGUCAAGUUCUCACUUUCAAUCAACCAGAAUUAUCUUCGACUCAGGCUCCGGCUCCUAAAGCAGAACAAUCUAAUCAACAGCAACAAUAUUCUUAUCAGAUCAGUCCAGCUUCGACUGUAUACAGUCCGCCACAGCAACCAUCAUUCGCCUUACCAGCAUACCAACAACCGAAUUCUUGGUACAUUCCACCGUCGUACCAGAAUCCUCACCAAGAGCCAAAUAAAUUUUACGGCACUUCGUCCAACGAUUUAACUGCCUCUGGGUCUGAAAAUGUUGAAAAAAUUGCCCAACCAGUGAAACCAGCGAGUAGCCAGAAUGACGUAGCAGAAUCUUCCAAGUUGAAUAACGCUGUGACUAGCACAGAAACGGCGGUUUCAAAACCUAGGACUCGUUUGCGACCUGUUCAAGUACCAACUCGUAGUACCACAAUAGUUUAUCCUAGUUUAUCCAAAGAAGAAACUACAAAAGAUGAUGUGAACAAAUCAUCGCCAGCAAACGCACCAACAACGAACUAAUGGUAUAAAAUGCACGAAAAAAUUUUGUAUGUUUAAUUAUAAGCCUAUUUAUUGUUCAACCAGUAUGAAAUAAAAAUUUUUUAAAAAAGUUUA